CAAUUGAUUUGUUUUGGCUGACGUGGCGAGUUUGCAAUAUGGCCCCGGAGUAACGCAAGAUCCGCCUUCCUGAUUUCUUUAUUUACUUUAUUCUAUUUUUAUACCAAAACUUCACAUAAAGAAAGACAUGGGGUUGACGCAGAGCACAGACGCACCCGAAGGAGGGACAGAUGGAUACCACGUACACGGGGUUCAAGAAGGUUCCCCGGCUGAGAGAGCUGGAUUGGAGCCAUUUUUUGAUUUCAUCGUUGCCAUUGGACAUACAAGACUGAACAAAGAGAAUGACACGUUGAAAGACUUGCUGAAGGCGAAUGUGGAGAAGCCUGUGAAGCUGGAGGUGUACAGUAUUAAAGCGCUGAAGAUGCGAGAGCUGGAGGUCGUUCCCAGUAACAUGUGGGGAGGCCAGGGGCUGCUGGGGGCCAGUGUCAGAUUCUGCAGUUUCCAAGGAGCCAGUGAACAUGUCUGGCAUGUGCUGGAUAUCGAUCCCAAUUCUCCAGCAUCUCUAGCUGGUCUCCAUGCACAUACAGACUACAUAGUCGGAGCAGACCAGGUGAUUCAAGAUUCUGAGGAUUUCUUCUCCCUGGUGGAGUCCCAUGAGGGGAAGCCCUUGAAGCUGCUGGUCUACAACACUGAGACUGAUCUGUGUCGAGAGGUUGUGGUUACACCCAAUGGAGCCUGGGGAGGGGAAGGAAGUUUAGGGUGUGGUAUUGGCUACGGAUACCUGCACCGAAUCCCAUCUCUUCCUGUAACACCAAAGACAGUCGAGGUCAAACCACCCUCCCUAGUGCCUGAAGAGGGUACCCCAGUGCCUGAAGAGGGUACCUUGGCCACAGUUCCAAGUAAUGGCUACACUGAGGUUGCACUGCUUGCCCCUUCAGUACAGUCAGAAACCUUGGAGGAAGCAAUGACCCUGGAGCAGGAUAUACCAAGCCAGCCAACAGAGAUCUCUCUACUACCACCCCCUAUUCAGAGGGUCAUGGAUCCAGUAAUUGCAGGUUUCACCGAGAUGUCUGCAGACCUCCCUGCGAUGCUGAGUUUGUCUUCCUCUGCUGGUGACGUGGCAGGCAGUUCCUUGCUAGGAGAAGAAGGGUCAGUGUUGAGUGAUGAGUUUAACCCCUCUAUUGAUGAGUCUGAAAAGUCAGCACCGGAGCCUCUGCCUUCAUCAAUUGAUCUGCCGCUCAAAGCCUCUGUGGUAGAGUCUGCAUUGCAGUGCGUUCUGGAGUCCACCUUCCCACAACCGAGCAGCACUUCCACGGGGGACAGCCAGAGCCUGGAUCACACGGACAUGCCGAUACAGAAAGAGCAGAGUGGGGAGGACCUUUCACAGCCGGAGAUUAGUGCAGAAGAGAGCAUGCAGCAGUAGGAGAUGUCUUUACUGAAAGCAUUGGCUUCUUUUGUUGAGAAAGUCAAAGCAUUGGGUGAAGGUUUAACACCCCGCCCCUUUUAAAGCCUGUGGGUGUGUUAAUUAACUGAGCUGCUCAGAGCGAGAAUUUCUUCCCUCACUGUGAUCAUUGUUCAUCUGUUCAGUGGGUUGUUUCACUGAGCUGCUCGGAGUGGCUCACUUACUUAACGCACCCAGUGCUUCAACAAUAUUAAUAGGUAAUACUGCAGUCAUUAUUUUGUUUUUAGGAUCAUAAGAGAAGGUUUUCAGAAUUCCACAAACAGGCACUGGGACAAACUGAGGUUCAGUUUGUAUGCAGGUCGGAACGGUUUGUACUUCAUUUACGAGAUACGUGGAAUGAUGUGGAAUUUUUAAGGUUUCUUUCUUUUUUUUUAUAAAUUAGAUGGUCUGUGAUUUUUGUUUGGAAGAUUUCCAUAUUCUAAAGUAAUCACGUUUGCUUAAUUGUAUUGCCUAACAAACGUUUUUGUUGUGCAGGCAUUAUCGGAUGAUGGGUCAGUGUUGAUUUUCUCUGGGAUUUCUUCAAGGUUUCAAUGAAAGUUCAUUGCUUAGUAAGCCAAAGUCCUGAACUCUAUAUAGUAACAUUGACGUGUGUACAGCUAGAGAUCUUGUUACGAUCUAAGCAAGUACAGUGGCUCUCAAAAGUAUUCACCCCCCUUGGACUUUUCCACAUUUUAUUGUGUUACAACAUGGAAUCAGAAUUGAUUUAAUUAGGAGUUUUUGCCACUGAUCAACACAAAAAAAGUCCAUAAUGUCAAAGUGAAAAAUAAAAUUUACAAAUUGUUCUAAAUUAAUUACAAAUACAAAACAGAAAAUAAUUGAUUGCAUAAGUAUUCACCCCCUUGAGUCAAUAUUUGGUAGAGGCACCUUUGGCAGCAAUUACAGCCAUGAGUCUAUUUGGAUAAGUCUCUACCAGCUUUGCACAUCUGGACACUGCAAUUUUUGCCCAUUCUUCUUUGCAAAAUUGCUCAAGCUCCAUCAAGUUGGAUUCUCAGUUGGAUUGAGGUCCGGGCUUUGACUGGGCCACUCCAGGACAUUGACCUUUUUGUUUUUAAGCCACUCCAGUGUGGCUUUGGCUGUAUGUUUGGGGUCAUUGUCCUGCUGGAAGAUGAAUCUUCUCCCAAGUCUCAGGUCUCUUGCAGACUUCAGCAGGUUUUCCUCCAGGAUUUCUCUGAACUUUGCUGCAUCCAUUUUGCCCUCUAUCUUCACAAGCUUUCCAGGCCCUGACGCAGAGAAGCAUCCCCAUAGCAUGAUGCUGCCACCACCAUGCUUCACGGUAGGGAUGGUGUUCUCAGGAUGAUGUGCGGUGUUAGGCUUGCGCCAAACAUAGCGCUUAGCGUUGAGGCCAAAAAGAUCUAUUUUGGUCUCAUCAGACCAUAGAAUCUUCUUCCACUUGGUCUCAGUCUCCCACAUGCCUUCUGGCAAACUCUUGCCAAGAUUUGAUGUGAGUUUUUUUCAACAAUGGCUUUCUUUUUGCCAUGCUCCCAUAAAGGCCAGUUUUGUGAAGCACCCGGGCUAUUGUUGCCGUAUGCAUUUGGUACUGCAUACCAAUACAAGGAGUUAAAGCUACUACAGUUGCUCAGGUGAUGAACGUGGGCAUCCUUGUCAGAAUGACCUUCUUAACUUUUAGAUAAAACAAUUCACUUCUUAAGCAGCAAUAUUUUAAAUCAUUAUUUAAACUUGCUUAAGUGUCACAUGAAAUGUUUUGUCUCUAAACAAAAUAAAGGUAACACAUUAUAAAUAUAAUAUAUAUUUAAAUUGAAAAUGCAGCUACUGUAUGUUUUAUAUUUAUGCAACUCUUUUUGAUAUUAGGCAUGUUUCGCUGAAGGCCUGAUAUGGGAUGUAAGCAGAAUCUUAGUCAGUGUUACUCGUUGCAGUUUGUACUGGAUAAGCAUUUCAGAACUAUGCAACCAUAUAUAAACUACUUUCAGGUAUGGCUUCUACAGAAACCUACACAUAAUAGCUAUCUUUUGCCUAAUAUCAUUUUUGGUUUUCUUUACAAGUGAUCAAACUGCAUUGUUGACAGACAUCUCUAUAUGAUUUCUUUGUUUUGUCCACAGUUGUUUGGCAAUACUGCAGGAAAACACUACGUUAUUUUAAAGCACAUUUCGCUGUGUUUUGUGAGGGAUGGGGUUUUAUAAUUGUAGACAAAGUAUGAUUUGCUUACUAAACUGGCUGUCAAAAGUGUACAGUAGGUAUUGUGUAACACUGAAGGUAGAUUUGUCGUUGCCAUAUUUCUGUUAAUUUGGGGGAUUUAGGGCUAUUGUGUCCUUGUAGCUGCUGAGCAAAGUUGAAAUAUUAAUGCACAGGGCCAUACAUGCCAAUAAAAAUAUAUUAAUAAAAUAAAA